CCCGAUGAUAAAUGAAAUGUUAAAAAAUGGCUUUUUCAUCAUCCUUCGUCCAGACCAGACGCACCUAUGUAUAUAUAUAUAUAUGAAUACACGGGACCCACUUUGUCCUGCACAGCCCGCCCACCCAAUAUGCCGUCGUCCUGUAUUCUGACUGACCGAGAAGAUAACACUGCAGAGUUCAUCCCUUUGUCUGACGAUCUUGUCGAGUUCAAGUUCACCAUUGCGGAAGAAGGGUAUCCUGCACCUCCACCUUCAAAGCAUAUCCUCGUGUCCAAGGAGCAGUUCAACGCGACCUUGAAGCGAGGAGAGGUGAAUAAGACAGCAUCGAGCGUGACCAUUCAAGGGAACUGCCUCGGAUACAGUCCCGCUGCUAUCGGAAACGAGGAUCGGAUCGCGUCAGAUGUCAUUUCGUCAACCACCAAGCUGGACGGCGCAUUCUGGCCAGCAUGGUCAGGUACCAAAUCGACCGAAGAUGGCGAUUUAAUCUUUGCCUCCGUAUUCGAUGGUCAUGCUGGAUCAGCCACGAGCGAAUUGCUCAGCAAGACUUUGCAUGCAUGUCUCGCCAAGGCGUUGUUGGCUUCGGGACUCGACGACGAAGCUGAAGUCAAGGCGGUGAUUGAGGAGACAUACGCAGCAUGGGAUGAAGACCUCAUGAAGACUCUUCGAGCCGCUCUCAGCGAGUCUUCGGCUUCUCCUUCCACCCUUGCUGGUGCCAUGGGCGGUAUGGCGGGAUUCUCAGGCUCUUGCGCGCUUACCGUCAUUGUCGACAAGUCACACGACCGAAUCUACGCCAUCAACCUUGGGGACUGUCGAGCUGUGGCAGGGUGGCACGGUCCAAAUGGAUGGAAGUGCGAUCCACUCACAGAGGAUUUGAACGCGAACAAUCCGAAUGAAGUCGAACGGAUGAGAGCCGAGCAUCCUGAAGAAGAGCGUGAUGAUAUUGUCGUCAAGACAGAUACCCAUAGGGUCCUCGCGACUAUCAUGGUCAGCCGAGCGUUUGGCGAUUUCUUGUUCAAGAUGCCGAGUGACGAAUACAAGAGUCUCAAAUCUGCAUUCAAUGUCGUUCAAAAGGAACCCAAACGACCCGUCAAGACCCCUCCGUACGUCUCGAACAAGCCCGAGAUCGCCGUCCGGUCUUUCAAGCAAGGCGAAGAGACCCUCAAAUUUAUCGUCCUUGCAAGCGAUGGACUGUGGGACCGAUUGACAUCUGAACAAUCGGUUCAACUCAUGGCCGCUAGGAGUGACGGCGAGAAGGAGAUCACGCGUCAAGAGCUCGUCAAAACAUAUCCAAUGGAUAAUGAGGCCAAGCACAAUGAAUCUGAUCAUGACUUCAUCGUUGGAGAUGACGCCAACGCCGCAACACAUCUCAUCCGGAACGUUUAUGGCGGGAGCAAUGAGAUGCUAGGUCGAAGCAUGCUCAGUGUCUUGUCCGAAGAAGCCAGGAUGUUCCGAGACGAUAUCAGUGUCCAGGUUCUCAGCUUCAACUAGUAUACAUCUA